GCGAGAGCUUUUUGGGCAUUUCCACACAGAGGACGGGGCUCCAAAAGCUCAACACUUUCAUGUUUGUAUGUGUGUUUUUGUUCGUACAUGUUGUUCUGCCCUGCUCUGAGACCCAGUUAAAGCUCCGGGAUGUACACGGCCGGACUCAGCCCGUUUUACGCGUCAAACUUCAGCCUCUGGUCCGCGUACUGCGCCGGGGGCUUCGCUGUGGACUCCGUGAAAAAACCCUCGUUCUGCAUCGCAGACAUCUUGCAGGCUGGAGAUGCAGAGAACAUCCCGGGCUCGUCCACCCUCAUGGUGCACAUGGGACACCACCACCACCACCACCAUCAGCAGCAGCAGCCGCGCGCUCCGCAGCCCGGCGGCUCCCCUCUGCGCCCCUCUCCCGUCGCUCCGGAGCCCUUAGUGUUCGGGGCCAGGCUCAGCCCGGCUUCUGGAUACCACAGACACGGACUACAACUGACCUCACUCUCCAGGACGUCGUUCAACUCCCAGCAUGCCCCGCCGCCCUCGAGCAAGGACCUCAAAUUUGGAAUCGAUCGGAUUUUAUCCACAGACUUUGAUCCAAAGUGCAAAGAAAAGUCAUCGCUAAGAGAUCUCACAUCCAUUGUUAGCUCCAACCGUCAGUCAGGCCUCCACAUCCCCGUUCAGCCUCCUGCCAGCCAGUACUUCUCCUCCAUAGACCCCGGGAUGGACGCGUCCUCCAUGAUGAGUUCACUAGGCAGCAGCAGCAGACACUCAGGCCAGCAUCAGUUUCAGGACACCUUCCCAGGUCCCUACGCCGUCCUCACAAAAGACACAAUGCCUCAGACGUACAAGAGGAAGAGGUCGUGGUCGAGGGCCGUGUUCUCCAACCUGCAGAGGAAAGGUCUGGAGAAGAGAUUCGAGAUACAGAAGUACGUCACCAAGCCGGACAGAAAGCAGCUGGCUGCCAUGCUGGGGCUCACAGAUGCUCAGGUUAAAGUGUGGUUCCAGAACAGGCGCAUGAAGUGGAGACACUCCAAGGAGGCGCAGGCGCAGAAGGACAAGGAGGACAAGCCGGAGCCGGGUGUGUCUGAGGCGGGCAGCGAGGAGCCCAAAGAGCCGCUGGAGUCCGACUGUGAGAGCGAGGCCCGCAGCGACAGCGACUCGGACGAGCCCGAGGAGGACAGAGGACAUUUGGACGUUUCUGACCUCCAUAAGACCAGCGUGAUCAUGAGCGGGAGCGCGCAGGCGGGCGGCGCCGACGCGGGGUCCGCGCUCACGGACACGGAACAGGAGCAGGUCUUAAUAUGAGGAGGAACAAAUGUUUGUUUCAGCUCUGGACA